UUGGUCGUUGGUUCAAUCGGGCGCAAUUCUGUACCGCUUAUCGUUUUCGGUAUUUUUUUGUUGAAAUCGGCCUCGUAAAUCCCGCAGGAAUCUUUUAAAAUACGAUCCUCAGUAGUCUGCACUUUUCUGCGAUAUUAGUUGUUCAUAUCCGCUACCGUUGUGACGAAAAAAGUGUAAUUAAUUUGUUCAACAAAUCUCGCUAUGGAAUGCAAAAAAUGCCUUCUUCCAGUGGUAACAAAAGACCAACCGUACAUAUAUUGCAAUGCAUUGUGUGCCGCAAUUUACCAUGCCGCUUGUGUUGGAUUAAACACUGCCGAGCUCGCUGCCGUGUCGCCUCCGAACAAGAAUAGCUGUUGGAUGUGCGAUGUGUGUUUGGUUGAAUUCGUACAGUGGAGAAAAGAACAUAGUGAGAAAAUGAAUGAACCGAUCGCCGCUACCGUUCCGGAGCCAACGUACGUACUACAACGUGACGUAGAUGAACUGAAAGCUAAAGUUGCAUCUAUUUUGUCGGUGAUUACGUCGCAUGAGAACAAUCACUCGGAUACCAGGAUAUGCCAUUCAACACCGAACUCAUCGCGGCAGAAGGAAGAAGGAACAAGUGAAAUAUCAAACGCAUUUGAUACUGCGAGUCGGUUACCUGAUUCGAUUUGCGACGACGAGAACUUCGAUUUGUUGCUGACUAACAUCGAUGGAAGCGUAUCGGAGGAAGAUGUGCAUCUCAUGGUUUCCCGCUGCUUGGGCACUUUUGAAAAUGAACGCAUUAACGUUAGAAAAUUAGUUCCACGAUGGGUUGAUUGCAGUGCACUUGACUAUGUUUCCUUCAAAAUAGUAUUAAAUCGUAAAUGGAAAUCUGCCGCAAUGAUGUCAUCUACUUGGCCUAAAAACAUUAGAUUUCGAGAGUUUAAAAAAUUGAGAUGCCCGUGGAAACCCGAUGUUUUGUAAUUUGUUUCUAUAUUGUGAAUUACGUGAUUUCAGAGGGAUUAAAAUGUUUUAUUUUGAUGUAAUGUUUUUCUAAUGUGCUAUGUUAUGUUAUCUGUUUGCACUGUUUAGUUUAGAAAUGAUACACGUUGUCUGAUAAAAUUGUAGUUAGUGUAUGAACUUUCAUUGUAUUUCUGUUUUUGUUACGGAAAUUCGUCGUAGUUGUCAAAUGCUUUUGUAGCUUAGUUUUAAGUACACAUCAUUGGGGCAUACACAAGCCUGUUGAUGUAAAUGGUAAAUAAAUAAAUAAAUAAAUAAACCAAU